UCUCUCUGGUGUGAAGUUCGGUCGCCACAACCGUACCGUAACAUGACACUCUAACGGAGGACGAAGCAGUACCGUCGGAUUAUUCGCAUUUGGACAUGGAGCCCGAGCCUGCGCCCGAGCCCGCAGCCCGGGGGUUCACCCCCAAUAAAGAGGGGCUGAAGCAGUUCGCGGGGAAGACGCUGGGUCAUAUGUACAGAGUGCUCGAGCGGCGACAGAAGCCCGGAGAGAACAUCGAGCUGACGGAAGAUGGCCGCCCGAUGGCCGCGGAGAAGAAGACCCCGUUGUGCGACUGCACGUGCUUCGGGCUCCCGCGCCGGUACAUCAUCGCCAUCAUGAGCGGCCUCGGGUUCUGCAUCUCUUUCGGGAUCCGCUGCAACCUGGGCGUGGCCAUCGUCAGCAUGGUCAACAACAGCACAAUCCACCGGGAUGGCAAGAUUAUCGUCACAGAGAAAGCGAAAUUCAACUGGGACCCAGAGACGGUGGGGAUGAUCCACGGCUCCUUCUUCUGGGGUUAUAUCGUCACACAGAUCCCGGGGGGGUACAUAUCCUCGAGACUGGCGGCAAACAGGGUGUUCGGUGCCGCCAUAUUUCUGACCUCCACGCUCAACAUGUUUAUUCCGUCGGCGGCGCGCAUGCACUACGGAUUAGUCAUCUUCGUGAGGAUCCUGCAGGGUCUCGUGGAGGGUGUGACCUACCCUGCGUGUCAUGGCAUCUGGAGUAAGUGGGCCCCACCCCUGGAGAGGAGUCGAUUAGCCACCACCUCCUUCUGUGGCUCCUAUGCGGGUGCUGUCAUUGCCAUGCCUCUGGCUGGGAUCCUCGUGCAAUACUCUGGCUGGUCCUCUGUCUUCUAUCUUUACGGUUGCUUUGGUAUCUUCUGGUACAUGUUCUGGAUCCUGGUGUCGUAUGAGAGUCCGGCGGUGCACCCCACUAUAACGGAGGAGGAGCGCACCUACAUCGAGGAGAGCAUCGGGGAGAGCGCCAAGCUGCUGGGGCCCGCGGAGAAGUUCAAGACGCCCUGGCGUAAGUUCUUCACCUCUAUGCCCGUGUACGCCAUCAUCGUGGCCAACUUCUGCCGCAGCUGGACCUUCUACCUGCUGCUCAUCAGCCAGCCGGCCUACUUUGAGGAGGUGUUCGGCUUCGAGAUCAGCAAGGUUGGCAUGCUGUCUGCUCUGCCCCACCUGGUGAUGACCAUCAUCGUGCCCAUCGGGGGCCAGCUGGCCGACUACCUGCGCGCCAACAACAUCAUGUCCACCACCAACGUCAGGAAGAUCAUGAACUGUGGAGGCUUUGGCAUGGAGGCCACUCUACUGCUGGUGGUGGGCUACUCCCACAGUAAGGGCAUGGCUAUCUCCUUCCUCGUCAUGGCCGUGGGCUUCAGCGGCUUCGCCAUAUCAGGUUUUAAUGUCAAUCAUCUGGACAUUGCCCCCCGCUACGCCAGCAUCCUGAUGGGCAUCUCCAACGGCGUGGGCACCCUGUCGGGCAUGGUGUGCCCACUCAUCGUGGGGACCAUGACCAAGAACAAGACGCGUGAGGAGUGGCAGUCGGUGUUCCUGAUCGCCUCCAUGGUGCACUACGGGGGCGUGAUCUUCUACGGGCUGUUUGCGUCGGGCGAGAAGCAGCCGUGGGCCGACCCGGAGGAGACCAGCGACGAGAAGUGCGGCUUCAUCGACGAGGACGAGCUGGCCGAGGAGACGGGCGACAUCAUGCAGAGCUACAACACCAUGGCAACCGGCCCGGCCAAGGGCUACGGAGCCACCACACAGGUCAACGGGGGAUGGGCCGAGGGCUGGGAGAAGACCGAGGAGUACGUCCAGCAGGGAGGCUACUCCUAGAGCCACACACACACACACACACACACACACACACACACACACACAC